AUGGGCCGGCACAAUGGCAAGGCCCGAAAGGCUGGCGAGCACGUCGGCGGAAUGCUGGCGGCGAAGAAUAAGAAGACCGCACCCACCACCCAAGCCGCCAUCAGCGCUCAGUUCAAACACACCACUCUUGAAGGGGCUCCAGGGAGCCGUAACAUGCAGAGCGUGCUGGACCGCAAUGACCUGGACGAGCUGAUGGCCAUGGCGGACCUAGCUGACCGGGACUUCACCGCUGAGCGGGGUCACGCGGUGGUAGUGAGUAUGGGUGUGGUGGACCCGCUGGCGGAGGCGCGGAGGCAGGAGGAGCGCAUGGAGGCGGAGGCGCGUAACGCCCACCGCCUGGCGCUGCCCCGUCGGCCCCCCUGGACGGCGGACAUGACACCCGAGCAGCUGGAUGUGCAAGAGCGCACCGCUUUCCUGUCCUGGCGCCGCAACCUGGCCCAACUGGAGGAGGAGGAGCGGCUGGUGCUGACUCCCUUUGAGAAGAACCUGGAGGUGUGGAGGCAGCUCUGGCGGGUGCUGGAGAGGUCGGACAUCGUGGUGCAGGUGCUGGAUGCACGCGACCCGCUGCUGUACCGCAGUGAGGACCUGGAGCGGUACAGCCGGGAGCUGCACUCCAGUAAGAGCUCCUUGCUGCUGCUCAACAAGGCGGACCUGCUGCCACCCAACGUGAGGGCGGCCUGGGCGGACUACUUUGACAAGGCGGGCGUGGAGUACGCGUUCUGGUCUGCCCAUGCGGUGAUUCAGGAGCAGCAGCGGCUGCGCUCCGAAGCCGCGGCACUUGGAGUAGACCCCACAGCCCUACGCAAAGUACUACAACAGCAACAACAGGAGGCUGCUGCUGCGGGUGGGGCAGCGGCAGUAGCAGCACAAGCGGCGGCCGACCCGCGUAUCCGCAUCUUGGAUGUGGACGAGCUAUUGGACUUGUUCGAGCGCAAAUGCGCGGCGGCAGUGGCAGUGGCGGGUCCAGAUGACCCACGGGUCGAUGAGGGCCCUGAGCGCCGCCACAUGGUGGGCCUGGUGGGCUACCCCAACGUGGGCAAGUCCUCCACCAUCAAUGCGCUCUUUGGCGCCAAAAAGACCGCGGUGGCGCCCACGCCCGGCAAGACGAAGCACUUUCAGACGCUGCACGUAUCGCCCGGGGUGGUGCUGUGCGACUGCCCGGGUCUAGUGAUGCCCAAGUUUGCCCGCAGCCGCGCGGAGAUGGUGGCGGCAGGCGUGGUGCCUAUUGACCGGCUGACAGAUAUUCGGCAGCCGGUAGAGGUGGUGGCGGGCCGCGUGGGGCGCGCACAGCUGACCGCGGUGUACGGCAUCAAGCUACCGCCGCCGCCACGACACAUGAGCCCGGAUGACCCGCCGACGGCGGAGCAAGUGCUGAGGGCGUAUGCUGUUCUACGCGGGUGGACUGCGGGGUCUGGUCUGCCGGAUGAAACCCGGGCGGGCCGCCAGAUCCUCCGUGACUAUACCAACGGCAAGCUCGUCUAUUGCCUGAUGCCGCCGGGCAGCGAGCCACCGGGGUGGGUGCCGGGAGCACCGGCGGCAGGGGCCCUCCGACCAUCCCCGGCGGCGGCCACGGCCACGGACGUGGUCUCAUCAGACGGCGGCGACGACGAUGAUGAUGAUGAUGAUGGUGAUGAGGACGGCGGGAGCCCAAUGCUGGAGGCGUCAAGGUCUGGAGCUGCGGUAGCUGCUGCGGGGUCGGCUACGGCGCCUCCUGAUGACCUGGAUGCGGCGGAUCUGGACCUGCUUCAAGGCUUGGGGCUGGGACCCAAACAGCCCAAGCAAAAGAGGCCUGAGUACAAAUUUAACAAGAAGGCCCCUCGGACGAAGGGGGAUCGUGGCCAGCUGCGGGCGGAAGGGGGGUACGAUGGGGCGGGCAUGGUGCAUGGCAAGAAGGGCGGCUUGGUUCGCGUUGGCGGGUACUGAUGCUGUCUGUGACAAUGAACAUGGGGCGUUAUCCGUAACACCCCCGGAGGAGGGCAUGAUUGGCGCUCUCGUGGUUGGGUGCGGUGGAGUGCUUGGGCGGUUCCUGAUAGUCGUAAUGUAUUCUUGAAUGGGGGUUUAAGUAGCUCUGGAGGGUAAGGUGAUGAAGCAGGGAAAGUAGGUGCGCGAGGACGGACUUCCAGUGUGGAAAACGACCCGCAUGUUUUGCUUCUGGUGUUUGUCCUUGUAUGUUAACUAGCCCACGGAUUGGGUGCGGGUUAAUCAGCUUGGGACAGCGCAGGGGGUAGACAGGGAGUGGGGCCCCCCAAUGGUCAUAUGAACCCCGUUUGUUGUGCGGGGAGAGGAGGGCCAAGGCGUCGGGGGGCACGGUUUCCUCGUAAGGCGUCCCGGGGCGUUUCAUAGUCGCUAGUUGAGAAGUUUAGUUUAAGGAGGCAUGGCGAACGGGUCUCGUGGACAUGGAGCAAUGACCGAUGCAGCAAGGAGAGCGCAUCGCCCCUCGCCCCGUCGUCCGGAAGACUGCACCGAGUCUGCUAAAUAUGCGUGUUGGGCAAGACAGCUUCGGCGACGACGGACUGCACGUACGUUGGCACGUUUUCGUCAUUUCACGGUCUUCGCAUGAUUCUCUGCAAUUAGGUGGUCCUAGGUUUAUAAGCCAUGUAGUCAUGUACGCGAUUGUUUUGUGGUUGGAAGCGCUAAGAGGGCGGCGGAAAGAAGUGGAGUGCAAGCCGGGGAAAGGAUCGCAGGGCCCUGCAGUCCUUGCACCUGCCUGUCAAUCAUCGCGACCGGGUUUGCUGCUGUGCUUUCCUCAACUUCCUCGAAGCCACAACGGGACUGGUAACUGCCCCCUCCAGCAGCCACCUCCGGAGUGCACUUAACAGUCUAAGCGCCUCACUGCCCCGACCUCUUAG